CAAUUUGUUAUGGUGGCGGAGGGAGGGAGGGAGGGAGGAGUUCCCCCUGCGAGUGCCGAAGCCCUCCGCUCUGCAUUCCGCCAGAGCUCACAGGCGCACCGGCCACGGCUCCGUUCCGGGACGAAAGUCCGCUUUUAAGUCGAUAAAAGACGGUGGGAAAAGUGGCCGUUUUCCCGCUUUUACGUGUUUGCGAGUCCCUUCUCCGGUGGAAUGCUUUACUUUUUGUCCCGCUGCUGUUUAAAGAGCGAGAGAAGGUGGUUUAUGUCUUUUUAAGGAACAAGCUUUUCUUUUUGAUCACACUGCGACUAGAGAGCGGCUGCACCAUGGUGAUCAUGACAGACACCAGCAGGGGUUCGCAGCCCAGCCCUGCCCAGCAGAGGCCCCUGCAGGUCGGCUUCUAUGAGAUCAUUCGCACCCUGGGAAAGGGAAACUUUGCAGUGGUGAAGCUGGCCAAACACAAAGUCACCAAAACGCAGGUGGCAAUAAAAAUUAUUGACAAGACCCGCCUGAGUCCUUCCAACCUGGAAAAGAUUUACAGAGAAGUGCAGAUCAUGAAGCUGCUGAACCACCCACACAUCAUCAAACUCUACCAGGUCAUGGAGACCAAAGACAUGCUGUACAUUGUGACGGAAUAUGCAAAGAAUGGAGAGAUGUUUGACUACCUGACCUCAAACGGCCGCAUGAGCGAAGACGAAGCUCGAAAGAAGUUCUGGCAGAUCCUGACGGCGGUGGACUACUGCCACCGGCACCACAUCGUCCACCGCGACCUGAAGACCGAGAACCUGCUGCUGGAUAGCAACAUGAACAUCAAGCUGGCUGACUUUGGGUUUGGAAACUUCUACAACGCGGGGGAGCCUCUGUCCACGUGGUGUGGCAGCCCGCCCUACGCCGCACCUGAAGUCUUUGAGGGGAAGGAGUAUGAGGGACCUCAGCUGGACAUCUGGAGCCUCGGCGUGGUGCUUUACGUUCUCGUCUGCGGCUCUCUUCCAUUUGACGGACCGAGCCUCCCCGCUCUCAGACAGAGAGUCACAGAAGGACGCUUCAGGAUUCCCUUCUUCAUGUCUCGAGACUGUGAAAACCUGAUCCGUAAAAUGCUGGUGGUGGACCCCGCCCGCAGAAUCUCCGUCGCACAGAUCAAGCAGCACCGCUGGAUGCUGGCGGACCCCACCGCCGCCCACCAGACCCUCUGCCACUCCUUGACAGAUUAUAACUCCAACCUGGGCGACUACAGCGAGCCCGUGCUGGGCAUCAUGAACACGCUGGGCAUUGACCGCCAGAGGACUAUCGAGUCCCUGCAGAGCAGCAGCUACAACCACUUCUCUGCGAUCUACUACCUGCUGCUGGAGAGGGUGAGGGAGCACCGGGCGCAGCAGCUGAGUCGUCAGUGCGGGAGCUGGAGCCAGAGACCCCGCAGCACCUCCGACUCCUCCGGCACAGAGGGGAUCAUGGAGAUGGCAGACAGCUUCAGGAGCACGCCGUUCCCCGCCAAAAGCGCUCCUCCUGCUGUGUACUCGGAGGUGGAAUGCGACCAAGGAGGAUUAUUCCAGCGGGUGGUGUUCCCGGUGGAGGCCAGUUUGAACAGGCUGCUCUGGAACCGCUCCAUUUCCCCCAACAGCCUGCUGGAGACCAGCAUCAGCGAGGAGGUGCGGCCCCGAGACCUGGAGGAGGAGGAGGCCACGCAAGCACUCGGGCCCCUCCUCCCACCCACCACCACGUCCCGCAGACACACCCUGGCUGAGGUCUCCGCCCGCUUCCACCAGUGCAACCCCCCAUGUAUCGUGGUGAGUCCUUCCGACGGCGCCUCCUCCGACAGCUGUCUGAAGUCCUCCUCCAGCCCCCCUCCCUCCUUACAAGCUGCUAUCCGGGAGGUGUCGACCCUUCAGGCCUCCGAGACCCAGAACGGAGUGCCAGCACCUGCCGGUGCUCCUCUGGCACUCUCCUCCCACCUAUUACCCACACAGGGGCGGAGCAGCCUCCCCUCCGCCAGCUUCCAGGAGGGCCGACGAGCUUCAGACACCUCCCUGACUCAAGGACUCAAAGCGUUCCGCCAGCAACUGAGGAAGAACACGCGCACCAAAGGGCUUCUGGGAUUGAAUAAGAUCAAGGGUUUGACGAGACAAGUCGUCUCCCCUCCUUCCUGUAACCGUGGCAGCCGGGGUUCAAUUGGCCCCGCCUUCUCGGAGCAUCGCAGCAUGCUGGAGGAGGUGCUGCACCAGCAAAGGAUGUUGCAAAUUCAGCACCAACCGCAGCCUCAAGUCCAAGCCGCCCCGACGGGACCAACCCCCAACCCCCUCCUCUUCCUGACGCAGCAGAAGUCCCCCUCUCUUCCAUCCACCACCAUGUUUGCGUCCUCCCCCCUGUUCGACGCCCCCACCCAGCCCAGCCAGCCCCCCCAGCCGCACAGCCCCUGGCACCAAACCCUGGAGACGUCCUUCUCCGGCUCGUCCCUGUCCCCCGUGGCGUCGGCCGCUUACCUCCUGGAGGCGCGUUUGCACAUCAGCCAACAGCCACGCCCCUACCCUUUCAGCAGCUUCCAGCCCGCCCCGGCUCCCGUCGCGUCCAAGCCGGUCAUGUGGACGACGGGCUCCAGCACCGAUCCAAACAUGCAGGAGCUGACGGGCCUGACGGGACAGCAGCAGCAGCAGCUCAGCAGCUGCGUGAUGGUGAAGUAAACCAUGCGGCGACACUCAUAGGAAAAUGACUCGAGCCCCAAAAGACUAAAGGAAUGGGGGCCAAAAAAACUGAUGCAAAUGAAAACACACUGAAUACACAUAGGUUUGUGUUUGAGAUCAUAUAAGCUAACGAAGAAGCAAUAACCAAACUCCGGAUGUUAGCGUCAACCAUCUGGAGAAGCAAUAACGGACUAGAAAACUCUGACGGACUCACUUGAAUGAAACGAGAGCUGUUGUUGGUGGCUGUCUCUCACAGGUUCUAAUGCUGUCUAUGUUUUUGUUUGUUUUUAAAAGCAUUAAGUCCCUCCCCCUUUUUUUCAUUUUUUAGUAGCUCCCAAGUGCUCAAAGUUUCGCCUGCACAGAAGACCAAAAACAAAAAAUUCCCCCGCUUUGUUCGCCUUCUCGCAAAGACAUUUCAGCGUAGCAGUGGAACAUGCAGUAUGAAGGAUUUUUGAUUCAAACUGUGACACUUUGAUUUUGUUAUUAUUUGUUUUUGCUUUAUUUGUAGCUAAACGCGAAAAAGCUGCUUUUUACCUCAGGCUGCAGAAAGACAGCCUCCUUCAGGCCAAACGAAUGAAGGCAGGGUCCGCCGGUUGCAAGAAGCACAAUAGGUACUUGAUCCAACCUGAGAGCGCGUGGAUCUUUUCCUCUCCUCUUUUUUUGUUUUUCUUUACCUUCAUGUUAGCUGCUUUUACUACCUCCUCAGGCAACGAGGUCAACACGUUGAAGGUGUCACCACAUCAGUUCGGGACUGAGAUGAAAGCCGCGUUUCACGACGCAAACAGAACAAAGUCUGUUGGGAACUGUGCAAUAUUUGACAUAUGAAAGAUCGGGCUUUGACUAGAAGAGGAUUUGCCUGAGGGAUUUGUUGUAGUGUUUUCUGACGCAAAAAAAGGUACUUUUUGAUGCAACCAAGGAAAAAAAAUACUGUAGAUUCAGAGAAAAUGCUUUCCUUCCUUUGGUAUAGCCGUUGCUCAAUAACUACGUGGAAGAAUUUCGUUUUUGUUUUACCAAAGAAAAGGGUAAUCCGUCAAAGACACUACUGACUUUUCACUUCAAAUGCUGUCUCAGGAUGUAGCACAGUUUAGCUUGUGAAAAGGUGCCGCCAGCAACCUUGAUGCUACAUCUGUUGGUUUAUAGCUGCUACACGAUAACCAUGGUGGUAUUCUUUUUUUAUUAUUAUUUUACUCUAAAAUAAGGAUGAGAGGAAACAAAAAAAGUCACAACAAAGCAAUACCACAUGGUGCUAGAAGCUAGAAUCCGCGUGUCCGUCCGUGCAGCAGUCCAGGUGUUAGCAUACAUGCAGUCCGCGUGCUCAUCUUUAGCAUGUUAUAGGAGCGCAGUAUUUUUUUUUUUUUUCUGCAAACAUGCAGUGUUUUCCCUGUUCUCCGAGCGUCUGCCGUCUUAGCUCAGCCACCACAGACAACCGUGCCUUUAUCCGAACAAACGCGCAGUCGGAUUUCUCCGCAACUGAUUGCAAAAAAGUGAGGAAAAAAAAAAAAAGAAGAUGAAGGAUGGACGGCUCCACGGCUCGCUCUAGUUCCCAAUUCCUUUUUUUUUACCUUGGAGCUUGCUGUGUAAACAGAAGCAAAGUCUGCACUUUAUUCAUGUUUCUGAUGAGAAUCGUUGGUUUUUGUCUUCUGUUUCCGAAUCAUGUCACUGUCGAAACACUAAGACUCUUGAUGCAAAUCUGUAAGGUGACCCUUUUGAUAAACUUUUGUUUCUUAUUUGUUACUUGACUGUGUGACCAUAGGCACGUCUUUAUGUGUGUGUGAGUGUGUGUGUGUGUGUGUGGAGCUGAGGAAGAGGCGGAGACAAGCUGUUUGUUUAAGAAAGAUUGUUUAUUUAUGUGGCUAUUUAUUUGAAUAAAGUUCACUUCCUAAA